UGGUGACGUGGUUUUCUGCUCUCACCCGGAAAGCCCGGCGUUCGCAGCGCGCGGAGCCGGCGUCCCGUCGGCGCGCUCUGGCCUGUCUUCGCGUCGUCACGUUGGCCCCGUGGAGCCGCUCGCUGUCUCCGGAGCGGCGGGGAGGAUGGUGCGGGGCCGCCCGGGACCCGCCGCGCGCCGCCGCGAGUGAACAGGGCCAGGCCGCGGGCGUCCGCGGAGCCGCCGGUCUGUGGGGCGGUUGCAGCUGAUCAGAAGUAUGUUCAGCAUUAACCCCCUGGAGAACCUGAAGCUCUACAUCAGCAGCCGGCCACCCUUGGUGGUUUUCAUGAUCAGUGUUAGCGCCAUGGCCAUCGCCUUCCUCACCCUGGGCUAUUUCUUCAAGAUCAAGGAGAUUAAGUCCCCAGAGAUGGCUGAGGACUGGAAUACUUUUCUGCUGCGCUUUAAUGAUUUGGACUUGUGUGUAUCAGAAAACGAGACACUGAAGCAUCUCUCCAAUGACACCACCACCCCUGAGAGCACCAUGACCAUUGGGCAGGCCAGAUCGUCCACCCAGCCGCCCCAGGCCCUGGAGGAGUCAGGCCCCAUCAAUAUCUCAGUGGCCAUUACCUUGACCCUGGACCCUCUCAAGCCCUUUGGAGGGUACUCCCGAAACGUCACACACCUGUACUCCACCAUCCUGGGACAUCAGAUUGGACUCUCAGGCAGGGAAGCACACGAAGAGAUCAACAUCACAUUCACCCUACCUGCUGCCUGGAAUGCCGAUGACUGUGCCCUCCAUGGCCACUGUGAGCAGGUGGUGUUUACAGCCUGCAUGACCCUCACAGCUGCCCCUGGAGUCUUCCCCGUCACUGUUCAGCCACCUCACUGUGUCCCGGACACAUACAGCAACGCGACACUCUGGUACAAGAUCUUCACAACUGCCAGAGAUGCCAACACAAAAUAUGCUCAAGACUACAAUCCUUUCUGGUGUUAUAAGGGAGCCAUUGGAAAAGUCUACCAUGCUUUAAAUCCCAAACUCACCGUUAUUGUUCCAGAUGAUGACCGUUCAUUAAUCAAUCUGCAUCUCAUGCACACCAGUUACUUUCUUUUUGUGAUGGUGAUAACGAUGUUUUGCUACGCAGUUAUCAAAGGCAGACCCAGCAAAUUGCGUCAGAGCAAUCCUGAAUUUUGUCCUGAGAAGGUGGCUUUGGCUGAUGCCUAAUCCCACAGCUCUCCAUUUUCUGAGAGACCAAGAACCAUGAUCAUUGCCUGCUGAAUCUGCCAGGGCCUGGCCACUCUGUGAAUACACGAUCUUGCAAUGUUGGGUUAUUCCAGCCAAAGACAUUUCAAGUGCCUGUAACUGAUUUGUACAUAUUUAUAAACAUUGAUCUGGAAA